AUGAGCACUGGACGCGGGUGCGUGUGCACGCUGUGGGUGCACGACCAGCGCUUCUCGCACGAGAGCCUGACGGUGAACCCGGACCUCUUCCCGCUGCAGGUGAAGGUGGGGGACGUGAUCGAGUUGGCGAGGCCCGCGGGGUCGCCCAGGAGGCUGUAUCUCCCGGUGGGGGCCGCGGUUUCGAAAGCCAACCUCCAGCUGUCGAUCAAGGACGCGAUUGCGAAGUCGUGCGGGCUGAGCCACCGAGACGAGGUCGAGGUCAGGCGCGUGGAGAGGGAGGAGGCGGCGGUCGACGCGGUCAAGCUGACGUUUAGCGGCCAGUUCGUGUCGAGAGGUGAUAUGUGGCGUCUUUGGUCGCACCUGGUUGGGACGUGCGUCUACUCUGGAAAGAUCGUGUGGUACCGCUGCAUUAGGGCCAAGAUUCGAGAGUUGUCGAUUGCAGACGAGGUGGUUUAUUCCGGUUCGAUAACAGAGCGGACGAAGUUCGCGUUCAGCUCCAGGUCGGCGAGCGUGAUCCUGCUCGUGCAAAUGAGCCGCGAGAUGUGGGAGUAUGCGCCGGACGGAGAUCUUUACUUCGAGAAAUUGGCGGACAGGUUUUUGCCCCUCCUUUUCGCGCGAUGGAGGGCUUGUUCGGCGAGCCACUCCGUCACGCUGGUCCUGUUUUCCAGGACGUACUACGCGGCUCGAGGCGCCGAGGGGGCCGAGGACGAGCCGGACGCGCGGGACUACGAGGACUUCUACACGGUCCUGUGCACAGGCAAGAACAGCGGGUGGGAGGAGCUGGUCUUGUCGGCAAAGCGGAACUUCGCCAAGUACCCGGCGAUGGUGAACUGGUCCGUGGACGGGAACGCCGAAAACGGCGGACCCGUCGGAGAGAACUCGACCGCGGAGCUGGGCGGGAUACUAGAGGCGAUCUAUCUGGGACAAAACACGAUGGCGCUCAGGCAAUACAAGGACAUAGACCUGACCACCACCGCGCAGCACAUCAUGGUGAUCACGCCAAAGACAAGUGUAUUUUCGGUGGAUGGAAAACUGGAAAAAUGGAUGAAGCAAAAAAUGUCGUUCAGCGAAGUUCGAUGUCACCUAAUCUGUCUCGGCGAACCACCCCUUCACGCGGCGCCCCUGUUCAUCGUUCCCCUCGCCGACUCCAGCUCGGAUCGCCCCGCCAAAUUCAAGGUACCCUACUGGAUUUGCCUGAGCUACUUCAAGAACCGCAGUCCGUUCGAACACCGACCGCUCGAUCGGUGCACUCCAAGACAACUCUUGCCAAACCCCAACCCCCGAGCCGCCCCAGACCAAACCCUCUGCACCCAGCUGGUGGCACUCAACCUGGAAAACGAGGUCCACCGAUCGCUCAACUCCGCGGUCAAACCCCGCGCGGACCCCGCCCGCGACUACGACGCCCGCGUCUUCCAGUGCGCCCCUUCGACCGCCGCCGAGGGCCCCAAGAGUCACUUCCCCAGGAAUUCGAGAAUUGCGCCGCGUCGAUUCGCGAAAAAGAGCGGCGUCGGUUCGUCCUCAGGGCGGUCCGCGCCGCCGGCCGUGACCGGGCCCUCUCACGCCUCUCCGCCCGCGGACUCGUCGGAGGACUCGUCGACGGAGGGCAGGGCGGCCCACGUGCUCGCCGAGAAGAAGCCGCCCGUUCAGAACAAAAAAAUUUCCUUCGCUCGUUCCGUAACGGCUCGAGGGAGCCAGCAGCGCGCGUCGGCUUGGGGAGACGACGCGUCGUCCUAUCACUUUCUGGAUGCCAACAACACCUCCACCACCUCCUGGAAGCAGAUAACCCAAUUCACCGUCAUGCCUCUGCACACUCGGUACUUCCCCUCCGACUCGGAACUCAAGUUCCACUGCCAAGAGUACACCCACGGGCUCAUCCCGAACGACGACCCGCCUCGCAGCCGAGAGCUCUACCUCCUCCACUUCACCAGCCAGCGCCUCAGCCGCGGGUACCAGCUGGUCGAAAAGGCCAACACCAAGAAGGUAAGCGGCGGAAAAAAAGAAGACCUCGUCGUUCGCGAGUACUUUCUGAGCUCCAUGUUCUCCUUUCACCACCUCAUGCACGUGCCCCCAUACAUCAACGUCAAGUGCUACGUCUCAAACAACGGCUCGAAGACGGCGAACGGGGGCAGCAAAACCUCCGCGUACCACUACCGACUCAACGUAGACGGCGAGCAGAGCCUUCGCCUGGCGAAGCUGCAGCCGCCCCCCGCCCCCUACUACCCGUGGAACUCGGUCGACCGAAUACUGAGCGGGUUGGAAUUCGCGUUCACGCCGUCGAUGAACUACUGGUGCAACCGAUUCGUGCUGGUCGCCAAAGACAAACGCACGACCCCCGACACGGCCAACGCCGGAUUCUCGAAGUUCAAAGACUUCCUCAGCCAGCGAAUCCUCAAGUCGGGCGACGACGCCUGGAACGAGAUUCGAGUCUGCCUCCACUCGGCCGAGAAAACGUCACACUGCUUGACAGCUAAUCAAGGAACAAAAAUUAAAGCGAAUGACACCUGCGCCAUCCUCAACGAACUGAAGUCUUCGGGCCUGCUUCAAAGCGAGCCGCCAGACCCAGGGAAAUGGCGCCCAGGUCUGCCCGCGCCCAAGGCGAUCGACUGGGUGCUCAACCACGUCCGCGUUCGAAGCAGGGCACAAGCCACGUCCCUUUGCACCUCUCUGCUUGCACCGGAACUCCCUCUGUCGCCGCGCCCGCCCAAGCUCCAGCAGCUCCGCGGCGAACAUCUUCGCCAUCGACCAGCUCUCGCCCGCGCAGAAGAAGAACCCCCGCGCCGAACGGCGACCGACAGCAAAUCAAUCCCACCGGAACCCGACCUUCCACGCGCCAUUCCUCCCCAUCCCGAAACGCCUCACUCCCCCGUUCAAACCUCGACCAAACCCGACCCUCUCGGACUCCCCAACCGACACCCGUGCUGCGUCGGCUGCUGCAAAACGGGCACCGUACGACUCCUAAUGGACCAAACCAGUGCACGAGACGAGCCACCUCACUAG